UCUCUGACAGGAAUUGGCUAAAGGAGAGGACAGCAAGCUGGUGCCGCUGCCUGCCUGCCUCCGGGCUGCCAUGACUGAUAAAUUUGCUCAGUUCGAUGAGUACCAACUGGCUAAGUACAAUCUGCGGAAGCACCGUGCCAAGAGUCGCCCCCGCCGACCACCGCGCCCUCCAGAGCCUCGGCCUUCUAAGAGAAUAAUUUUUCCAAGGUACCUGUGUCCUAUUAGAAAAGUGCAGGUUAAGUUUGAGGCAGAGAAAAAGAAUCAGUCACAGUUCACCCUGAAGAAGUUGGUACAGAGGCUGCAUAUCCAUGAGCCGGCACAGCACGUCCAAGCCCUGCUGGGCUACAGGUACCCCUCCAGCCUCCAGCUCUUUUCUCGGAGUCGCCUCCCUGGGCCCUGGGACUCAAGCAGAGCCGGGAAACGCAUGAAGCUGCCGAGACCAGAGACCUGGGAUCGGGCGCUGAGCCUUCAGGGGAACAAAGCUUCCGUCUGGGAGGAGCUCAUUGACAGCGGGAAGCUUCCCUUCAUGGCCAUGCUGCUGAACCUGCGCAACCUGCUGCGGGUGGGAAUCAGCGCUGCCCACCACGAGCUCAUCCUCCAGCGGCUCCAGCACGCGGUAUACAGCAGAGAAGCCCUGAGUGCUGUGUCUGCCUCUUUCCUGCCCGAUAGACAGUGCAACUUCGACACUGAGCUGCUGGCCCAGUAUCGACAGGCCCUGGAGGCAGCCAUGAGCCUCUCUGUGAAGCACAACCUGCCACCGCUGCCAGGCCGCACCCACUUGGUCUACCUGACAGAUGCUGGUGCAGACAACUUCUGUGCCAAGAGCAACGCACAAGGGCCCCCUCUGAACUACAUGCUGCUACUGCUGGGAAUGAUGGUGGCGCGGGCAGAGCAGGCUGAGGUCGCGCUGUGUGGAAGCAGCACACUGAAGAUUGCCGAGCUGGCGGCAAGGGAAGGGAUCCUGCAGACGGCCCUCAGACUCCAGGCUCAAGUCCAGGUGGGCAGGGUCGUCGUCUUUGGCCAUAUGCUGGGCCACCCAAUGCUACUUGUAGCCCAACACAUUAUCUGGCAGCAUGUGAAUUCCAGAUGUCUCUGUGUUAAUGUCCUCCUAAAGAAAACCGACAGAUUCAAAAGUUCAAAUCCCAAUGACGUGAGGCUCGCAGGCUGCACAGAUGGGAUACUGAAGUUCAUUGCAGAGCGUGGGGCCUCCCGUCUUCUGGAGCACGUGGGCCAGAUGGACAGAAUAUUCAAGAUACCUCCACCCUUGGGAAAGACGCAGGUCCCGACUCUCCGGCCACUGGAGGAGGACGCCCCCAGCCCCUUGGCUCCUCUGUCGCAGCCUGGCUGGCACAGCAUCCGGCUGUUCAUUUCCUCCACCUUCCAGGACAUGCAUGGGGAGCGGGACCUGCUGCUGAGGUCUGUGUUGCCAGCACUGCAGGCCCGAGCUGCCUCUCACCGCAUCAGCCUCCAUGGUAUCGACCUGCGCUGGGGCAUCACCGAGGAGGAGACCUGCAAGAACAGACAGCUGGAAGUGUGCCUUGGGGAGGUGGAGAACUCACAGCUAUUUGUGGGGAUUCUGGGCUCCCGCUAUGGCUACGUUCCCCCCAACUACAGCCUUCCUGACCAUCCUCACUUCCGCUGGGCCCGGCAGUACCCACUAGGCCGCUCCAUGACAGAGAUGGAGGUGAUGCAGUUCCUGAACCGGGAUCAAGGCCUGCGGCCCUCUGCCCAGGCUCUCAUCUACCUCCGGGAUUCCAGUUUCCUCAAGUCCAUACCAGAGACCUGGAGAGCUGACUUUGCUGCUGAGUCAGAAGAGGCCACCCAGAGGAUGUCAGAACUGAAGAGUUACCUCAGCAGACAGAAAGGGGUCACCUGUCGUAGAUACUCCUGUGAAUGGGGGGGCGUAGCCGCUGGCCGGCCCUACGCCAGGGGACUAGCAGAGUUUGGGCAGCUAGUUCUCUAGGACGUGUGGAGCAUGAUCCAGAAGUUCUUCCUACAGGCUGGGGCCGAGCUGCAGCGGCCAGUGUCCAUCCCGGAGGAUGACGUGGUGGAGGCCACCUUUCAGGAGCUAUGAAGCCCAAGGAGUCCGCUUCGAGAUACAAUGAGGCAGCAGAUGCUGCCCCAUGGGAAGCUGAGCCUUGUGACAGGGCAGUCAGGACAGGGCAAGCCACCUUCCUGAUAGGAGGGCCAUGGUCUGUGCACUAGGAGGUGGGUGGCAUCCCUCGUGUCUGCCCUACAGGCUCCUGAUGGAGUCAAAGUGGCACCCACAGUCUUCUUUCACUUCUCAGGGGCCCGCCCUGACCAGGCUCUUGCCCUCAACCUGCUCCGGCGCCUGUGUACCCAUCUGCAUGGAAAACUGCACAAAGCCAGUGCCCUCCCCAGCUCAUACCGCGGCCUGGUGUGGGAGCUCCAGCACAAGCUGCUACCCGAAUGCGCUGAGACCCUGCAGCCUGGCCAGACCCUGGUCCUGAUCAUCGACGGGGCUGACAAGUUGGUGAAUGAGAAUGGGCAGCUGAUGUCGGAUUGGAUCCCAAAGUCCCUUCCCCGGUGGGUCCAUCUGGUGCUGAGUGUGUCUAGCAACUCUGGUCUUGGGGAGACUCUUGAGCAGAGCCAAGCUGCCCACGUGGUAACCUUGGGGCCCCUGGAACCAUCUGGAACAUAUGGGAAUAGGCUGGAGGAGUUGCCUUUCAACAGUCAGAUGCAACUGCUGCUAGUGAAGCGGGCAUCAGGCCUGCCUCUCUACCGCCUGGUCACCGAUCACCUGAGGCUCUUCAUGCUCUAUGAGCAGGUGUCUGAGAGACUUCGCUCCCUGCCUGCCACUGUGCCCCUGCUGCUGGAGCACAUCCUGAGCGCCCUGGAGCAGGAGCAUGGCCGUGAUGUCCUUCCCCACACCUUAGCCUCCCUGGAAGUCACACGCAGUGGUCUCACUGUGGAGCAGCUGCACAUGGUGCUCAGUGGGUGGCAGAUUCUGCCCAAAGGGACCAAGAGCUGGGAAGAAGCGGUGGCUGCAGGGAACAGUGGAGAGCCCUACCCCAUGGGCCCAUUUGCCUACCUGGUGCAGAGCCUGCACAAUUUGCUAGGGGAGGGGCCUCUGGAGCGCCCUGGUGACCGCCUCUGCCUCCCAGAUGGGCCUCUGAAGACAACAGCCAAAUGCCGUUAUGGGAAAAGAGGAGGACUAGAGAACACAGCCCAUGUGCUUAUUGCAGCUCUGCUGUGGAAGAUAUGUGACCCUGACGCUUCAGGCUUCUUCCGACGUUGUCCUACAGAGGCUCUGGGAGACCUGCCUUACCACCUGGUCACUCCUGAGCGGGCACCAGCGAAGUUCCUCAGCAGUCUGCAUGUGGUGGCUGCACACCUGGACUUGGGCCUGCUCCCCCAGCUCUUGGAGGUGCACGCCCUCUAUGCUUCGUUAGGCCCUGAGGAGGAACCAAAGCUCCCUGAGGCUGAUGUAGCAGCAUUCCGCACCUUCCUGAGGCAGCAGGCCCCAGUCCUCAGCCGCUACCCCCGACUUCCACGCCAGCAGGCAGCCAACCAGCCUGCAGACUCACCUGUGUGCUGCCAGGCCCCGCUGCUCUCCCAGCCAGGGCACCUCCAGCACAUGCUGCGAUGGCUCAAUAAACCCCAGAGUGUGCGGGGUCAGCACAGCAUGUCUCUGGCAAUUUCCUCAUCCCCCACUGCCGUGGCCAUCUCUCUUAAUGGACAAAGAGCAGCUGCGGGCACUGCAAAUGGGACAGUUUACCUUUUGAACCUGAGAACCUGGCAGGACGAAAAGUCUGUGGUGAGUGGCUGUGACGAGAUCUCAUCCUGUACUUUCCUCUCAGACAACGCCUUGUCUACUGCCUUUGAUGGGCUCCUGGAGCUCUGGGACCUGCAGUGCGGUUGUCGGUGAGCGGUCCCUCCAUACCAGGCUCACCAGUACCAAAUCACGGACUGCUGGCUGAGCUCUGACCGACGGCUGCUGGCCACCGUGUGCCUGGGAGGCUGCCUAAAGCUGUGGGACAUGGUCCGUGGCCAGCUGUCCUUCCAGCACACUGGUGCCAAGCCCCUCAACUGCCUUGCCUUCCACCCAGAGGGGCAAGCACUGGCCACCUGGGCAGGCAGUGUCAGCUUCUUCCAGGUGGAAGGACUCAGAGCCACCAAGGAACUGGGGGCCCCUGGAUCCUCUGUUCGAACUUUGGCCUUCAAUGCACCUGGGCGGGUCGUAGCUGUGGGUUGGCUGGACAGGAUGGUCGAGCUGUGGGCCUGGCAAGAGGGGGCCCGGCUGGCCACCUUCCCUGCCCACUGUGGCUUUGUUUCUGCUGUGCUUUUGCUGCAUGCCCAAAACCAGUUGCUGACUGCUGGCGAGGACGGCAAGGUUCAGGUGUGAUCAGGCUCUCUGGGUCAGCCUCGGGGAUGCCUGGGCUCCCUUCCUCUCUCUCCUGCCCUCUCGGUGGCACUCAGCCUAGACAGCAAGCGGGUGGCAGUUGGGUACCGAACAGAUGGCAUUAAGAUCUACAGAGGCCCUUCAGGUUCCCGGCUGGUGCAGGGUCGAAUGCUAGAGGUGGCAGUGUCUGCACUGGCCUGGCUGAGCCCCCAGGUGUUGGUGAGUGGUGCAGAAGAUGGCACCCUGCAGGGCUGGCUGCUCAAGGAAAGCACCCUUCAGUCCCUCUGGCUUCUGCCCCAAAACCAGAAGGCGGUGCUGGGACUGGCCAGCUGCCAGCAUCUCCUGGCUUCUGCGUCAGAGGAUUGCACAGUCCGGCUCUGGCCCAAACAGUUGCUGACUCAGCAGCACAAGACUGGAGACUUGCCCUGUGCCGCUGAGCUCCGGGGACAUGAGGGCCCUGUAAGCUGCUGUAGCUUCAGCGUGGAUGGAGGCAGCCUGGCCACUGGGGGCAGGGACCAGAGUCUCCUCUGCUGGGACGUGAGGACACCACAGACCCCACUUCUGAUGCGCUCCUUCCCCGCGUGUCACCGUGAUUGGGUCACUGGCUGUGCCUGGACCAAAGAUAACCUACUGAUUUCCUGCUCCAGUGAUGGCUCUGUGGGGCUGUGGGACCCCAAGUCGGGACAGCAGCUCGGUCAUUUCCUGGGUCAUCAGAGUGCUGUGAGCGCCGUAGUGGCUGUGGCAGAACACGUGGUGUCUGUGGACCGGGACGGGACCUUGAAAGUGUGGGCCCGUGGAGGUGUGGAGCUGACCAGCAUCCCUGCCCACUCAGGACCCAUCAGCCAGUGCGCAGCUGCCCUGGAGCCCCGCCCAGCAAGACAGCCUGGCUCAGAGCUCCUGGUGGUGACUAUUGGACUGGAUGGGGCCACACGGCUGUGGCAUCCACUCAUGGUGUGGCAGACACACAUCCUCCCGGGACACGGUGGUCCGGUGAGGGCAGCUGCCAUGUGCCAGAGCUCAGGCCUCCUGCUGACUGCCUCAGAAGAAGGAUCAGUGCGGCUCUGCCAGGUCCCUGAGGAAGCAGGUGACACACCUAGAAGUUUCGCAGCCAUCACCGCUGUGGCCUGGGCACCAGAUGGGUCUGUGGCCGUGUCUGGAAAUCAGGCUGGGGAAUUAACCCUGUGGCAGGAAGCCAAGGCUGUGGCCACAGCACAGGCUCCAGGCCGAGUCAGCGCCCUGCUCUGGUUCUCAGCAGACACCUUCUUUGUUCUCAGUGAUGAUGAAAAGAUCAGCAAGUGGCGAGUGCAUGGGUUUGAGCGGCAGACGGCUUCGACUUCCAGAAGUCUUCACCUGAAUCAGGUUCUGCAAGAAGUAGGGGUCUUGACAAGUCUGGAACUGGCCCCCAAUGGUCUUUCUCUCAUCUUGGUCAGUAUGGAUUUGGAAAUACUACAAAUGACCGCUGCGAAUGCUCCACGCACAAUUUGGAAUCAUCCUACACUAUGGUCCACCCACAAGAAGAAUGGGGUUUUCUACCUGAACGCAAGGCAUCCUGGCCUACUUUUUUCCUUGAAGCAAAAGGAAACAGGAGAGUUUGGAGGCAGUCUGUGCUUUUCCAUGUGUUAUGAGAAUCCUAGUGGGACCUCAAUAAUGAUGACUCAGGCCAAACCUGAAUCUGAGUGCUCAUUCCUGUGUGCCAGCUAUGGAGUGCUGUGGACCCUGGCUGGAUGCAGCCCUGAAGGAGGAUGGACCACAGGUAACAUGUGGCAGACAAAAGAACCUGAAGACCAGGCUUCAGGGACAGACGCAUCAGAUGCCAGCAUGGCCAACUGGCCGAGAAUGGGGCUAAAGAUGCAGCAGUGUAGAAAGCUGGGCCUGUUCCGAUGUGAAGGGGCAGUGAGCUGCCUGCAGCCCUGGCAGGGCCCUGACUCCACCCUGCGGCUCGCUGUGGGAGACACACAGGGCAAUGUGUACUUUCUGUCCUGGGAAUGAAAGUGCACUGCUGGGGAAAGCUGAUCACUUGUGCUAGAGAUGCAAAGCCUGAAAGUACUCUGGCUGCCUCCUUCCUGUGAUGAUGCAAAGGCACGGAUGAAGGACAGGAGGAAGCUCAAGUUGUGUCUUUCAAGGUCUGAAUGUUUCACAGAGACACCCUAAUUUCUGGCUGCUGGGACAAAAUACCCAACGCCCACAACUUAAAGGAGAGAUUUAAGUAGCUGACUCUUCAGGGGGUUCAGUACAAGAUGGGCUGGCUGCAAGGCAGGAACAGCAUGGUGGAAAAAACCGUUCAUCUCAUGGAAGUCAUCAAGGAAUGAGAACAGAGGACCUGUGGGGGUAACUGUGCCCACCAAACGGACUCCCACAGUGACACACCUUG